UACCACCAGAUGGCGGUUUAGGAUUGCUGCUCUUCUCUCAAGGCGCGGUUCCGCUCAGCAAACGGCCAAAUUUUCAAUAUAAAAAUACACACGGCAUUCACACGAAAAUCGAUUUUAUAUCUCGGGGAAGGCGAUGAUCGAUUUGGGCGAUGGUGGCUGCAGGACUUGAGGAGAGUUAAGUUCCGGCAAGUUGAGCUCAAUCCGUCCCCCCGGGGCCUCUCCUCCCUGGCCUUCCAGACCUCCCCCUCCCUCAGACCUGCCAUCCUGCCAUCCUGUGCCUACAUCUCCACCUGAGCUGCACUCACUCCUGAAAACACACUUACACAACUUCACAGCUCCACGACUUCUCCACUGGCCACCAUGAUCACCUCUGAGCUUCCUGUCCUCCAGGACUCGUCCAACGAGUCCGGGGCUACAGACGCCGUGGGCCUAAGUAUGAACAUAAGUGAGAUUGAAGAUCCAGAGGUGAAAGGAAAGAAGAAGAGAGGGAGGCCUGGAAAACAGCCAGCGACGUCCAAUAAGAAGCCACGGAAAUCACCGACAGACAAGAUGCCGAGUGUGGCCAGAGGACGCGGGAAAGCAAACGGCGUGGCUCAACAUAACGGAGAUGGGGGAGACCCGGUCACGCUGUUUGAAGUGGUCAAACUGGGCAAGAGUGCCAUGCAGUCUGUGGUGGACGAGUGGAUCGAGUCUUACAAACAGGACCGAGACUUGGCGCUGCUGGACCUUAUCAAUUUUUUCAUCCAGUGCUCAGGUUGCAAAGGCACUGUGAGGAUUGAAAUGUUCAGGAACAUGCAGAACGCAGAGAUCAUCCGUAAGAUGACGGAGGAGUUUGAUGAGGACAGCGGGGAUUAUCCUCUCACCAUGCCAGGACCGAUGUGGAAGAAGUUCCGCUACAACUUCUGCGAGUUCAUCAGCGUCCUGAUCCGCCAGUGUCAGUACAGCAUCAUCUACGACGAGUACAUGAUGGACACGGUGAUCUCCCUCCUCACCGGACUGUCCGACUCCCAAGUGCGAGCCUUCAGACACACGUCUACAUUAGCAGCGAUGAAGCUGAUGACGGCGCUGGUUAAUGUCGCACUAAACCUCAGCAUUCACCAGGACAACACCCAGAGACAGUACGAGGCUGAGAGGAACAAGAUAGUCGGCAAACGAGCCAAUGAAAAGCUGGAGCUGCUGCUACAGAAGAGGAAGGAGCUUCAGGAGAACCAAGAUGAGAUCGAGAACAUGAUGAACUCCAUCUUCAAGGGCAUCUUCGUGCAUCGCUACAGGGAUGCUAUCGCUGAGAUCCGAGCCAUAUGCAUAGAGGAGAUCGGAGUGUGGAUGAAGAUGUACAGCGACGCGUUUCUUAAUGACAGUUACCUUAAAUACGUUGGCUGGACGUUACAUGAUCGGCAAGGAGAGGUGCGUCUGAAAUGUCUCAAGGCUCUGCAGAACCUCUACACAAACAGAGAACUGUUUCCCAAGCUGGAGCUCUUCACUAACCGCUUCAAGGACCGAAUAGUAUCAAUGACACUGGAUAAGGAGUAUGAUGUGGCUGUGGAGGCCAUCAGACUGGUUACACUCAUCCUGCAGGGCAGUGAGGACGCCUUGUCCAAUGAGGACUGUGAGAACGUCUACCACCUGGUUUACUCGGCUCACCGGCCCGUGGCCGUCGCUGCUGGAGAGUUCCUUCACAGGAAGUUGUUCAGUCGCCACGACCCACAGGCAGAAGAGGCGCUUGCCAAGCGCAGAGGGAGGAGCAGUCCCAACGGAAACCUCAUCCGCAUGUUGGUGCUCUUCUUUUUGGAGAGUGAGCUCCACGAGCAUGCAGCCUACCUGGUGGACUCGCUGUGGGAAAGUUCUCAGGAGCUGCUGAAAGACUGGGAGUGCAUGACCGAGCUCCUGCUGGAGGAGCCCGUCCAGGGAGAAGAACUGUUGUCGGACAGACAGGAGAGUGCGCUGAUAGAGCUGACGGUGUGCACCCUCCGGCAGGCGGCAGAGGCUCACCCACCUGUCGGCAGAGGCACCGGCAAACGGGUGUUGACAGCGAAAGAGAGGAAGACCCAGAUAGACGACAAGAACAAGCUGACUGAGCACUUCAUAAUGGCUCUGCCCAUGUUAUUGUCUAAGUACCAGGCGGACUCGGAGAAGGUUGCCAACCUGCUGCAGAUCCCCCAGUUCUUCGACCUGGACGUGUACAGCGCUGGCCGGAUGGAGAAGCACCUGGACGCGCUACUGAAGCAGAUCCGCCUGGUGGUGGAGAAGCACAUCGAGGUGGACGUGCUGGAGGCGUGCAGCAAGACCUACAGCAUCCUCUGCUCGGAGGAGUACACCAUCAUGAACCGCGUGGACAUCGCUCGCUCGCAGCUCAUCGAUGAGAUGACCGAUCGGUUCGCACACUCUGUGGAAGACCUGCUGCAGGAGGCUGAAGAGGCCGACGAUGACGACAUCUACAACGUGCUGUCCACCCUGAAGCGACUCACGGCCUUCCACAACGCUCACGACUUGACGCGGUGGGACUUGUUUGGGAAUUGCUACCGGCUCCUGAAGGCGGGCAUCGAGCAGGGCUCCAUGCCGGAGCAGAUCGCCGUCCAGGCCCUGCAGUGCUCCCACUACUCCAUCCUCUGGCAACUGGUCAAGAUCACGGAGGGAGCUCCCAGCAAGGACGACCUGGUGGCUCUCCGGAGAGUUGUCAAGUCUUUUCUAGCCGUGUGCCAGCAGUGUCUGUCCAACGUCAACACGCCGGUUAAAGAACAGGCAUUCAUGCUUCUCUGUGACCUGCUCAUGAUCUUCAGUCACCAGCUGACCUCUGGGGGCAGGGAGGGCCUCCAGCCGCUGGUGUUCAACCCCGACAGCACUCUGCAAAACGAGCUGCUGAACUUUGUCCUGGACCACGUCUUCAUCGACCAGGACGAUGAGAACCAGAGCAUGGAGGGAGACGAGGAGGACGAGGCCAACAAGAUCGAGGCGCUCCACAAGAGGAGAAACCUGCUGGCUGCUUUCUGCAAGCUUAUCAUCUACGACAUCGUAGACAUGCCAGCUGCUGCCGACAUCUUCAAGCACUACAUGAAGUACUACAAUGAUUAUGGCGACAUCAUCAAAGAAACGCUCAGUAAAACCAGACAGACGGACAAGAUUCUCUGCGCCAAGACGCUCAUCCUCAGUCUGCAGCAGCUGUUCAACGAGCUUCUGAAUGAUCAGGGUCCCAACCUGGACCGGACCUCGUCUCACGUGAGCGGCAUCAAGGAGCUGGCCCGCCGCUUUGCCCUCACCUUCGGCCUGGACCAGAUCAAGACCAGAGAGGCUGUCGCAACGCUACACAAGGAUGGAAUAGAGUUUUCCUUCAAGUACCAGAAUCCUCGAGGAUCCGAGUUUCCUCCUAUAAACCUGGCUUUCCUUGAGGUCUUGAGCGAAUUCUCCUCCAAACUUAUUCGUCAAGACAAGAAGACGGUCCACUCGUACCUGGAGAAAUUCAUGUCCGAGUCCAUGUCGGAGCGUCGGGAGGACGUGUGGCUGCCGCUGAUCUCCUACAGGAACAGCUUGCUCACGGGAGGAGACGAGGACCACAUGUCCGUCACGUCAGGCUCCAGCAGCAAAACCGGUUCGGUCCGCAGCAAGAAGGGACGGCCGCCGGUGCACAAGAAACGCAUCGAGGAGGAGAGCAGCGUGGAGGGCUCGUGGCUGAUGCGAAACGACACCAUCCAGACACCGGGGCCGCUCCCGGCUCCUCAGCUCACCUCCACAGUGCUCAGAGAGAACAGACCGGCCGAGCACUUGCCCGACCCGGACUCGGAGCCGGGAUCAGAGAACGACUUUGUGCACAAUCCUCAGAUGCAGAUGUCGUGGCUCGGCCAGCAGAAGAUGGACGAGGUCAACAGGAAGGACCGAACGGGCAUAAACUACAUCAAGUCGCGCAACAACCAGGGCGUCCGGCAGACCGUGCGCGGGCUGAUGGAGGAUGACGCGGAGCCGAUCUUUGAGGACGUGAUGAUGUCAUCGCGAGGCCAGCUGGAGGACAUGAACGAAGAGUUUGAGGACACCAUGGUGAUCGACCUGCCGCCAUCAAGGAACAGACGGGAAAGAGCGGAGUUGAGACCAGACUUCUUCGACUCUGCAGCGAUGAUUGAGGAUGAGUCGGGUUUCAGCAUGCCCAUGUUCUGAUCCUGAAAAGAGGGGACGUUUGUGUGGACGUCUGACCCACUUCACCUGCCAAUCGAACUCUUUAAGAAGAAGAUAAACAAUGUUACAGUACUUCUCUCUCUCUCCAAGAUGUGAUGGAAGGAUGUUUGUCAAGAGGGGGGACGGUUCUGAUGGAUCCCGGACCAGCUGGAUCUCACCCGUAGUCGAGGAUCCGCUCUGUUCUUUCACGCAGACUGCAGGUUCCACAGCCUUGUGUGAAUUAUUCAAGAGCUUCGUCCUGCUCGUGUUCCUCUUCUUCCUCUUCAGCCUGUCGGUUUAGCGCUUUUUCAAGUAGUGGCCUCCGACUGGCGCUCUGGCAGCUCGAUUCGGCAGCCAGGCCGAGAGCACCCGCAGUUUUUAAAGUUCCCCCCCGUUACACAGACGUACACUCGUCUGCCUCCGCUUGUGGUCGGCAUCACAAAGCAGCGUGACACUCUGUACAGGCCCCGCCCCCUUCUUUCAGUGUUGCACUUCAGUCUCUUUGAUCAAACCCAAAGGUGGAGAGGAAAUCAGCACUAAAUGUUCCAGAUCCCGUCUCUUAUCGCCACCCGCUGACGCCUCUCCUCCUCCUCCCCCCUCUCUCUGUUCGCCAUCUCUUGUAUGUGGUGUGUGAUGUAAAAGUGUUGCCGGUGGCGACGGUCGAUUAGUGGCCCAUGCACAAGGAGGUGAACCCGCCGUCGGCCGACCAGGAGGAAGUGAUGUAACCGUCUUGUGAUGUGUGACGUCAAAGCGAAGAGAGCGUCGUUUGACUGUGAAGCCGCAUCUCCGGCGGAACGGCCGCCUUUCUCAGAUCCUCAAAUUCCCUUUCACACACAAACACACACACUCCCUGAGUAACGGCUUUUUGAAGUAAAAAAAAAAAAAAAAAAUAGAAAAAAGUUUUAAAAAGACAAUAAAACAUAUUUUCAAUUCUUUAGCUUUAGUACUAAAGUUUUAAAAUCGAGUGUGUUUUUGUUUUUGUCUGUUUGUACAGUUUUUUUUGUUUUCUUGAAUAUGUAAUUUGUUUGUUGCCAAAUUGUGGCCUACAUACUUAAAAGUAUAUUCUACCCACUCCCUCCCUCCCAAUCACUGUAUGUCAUAUCAGAUGGUUACCAAGGAUACCAGCCUUUAGGUGCUGCAUCAUCUGAUUGUAAUCGUUUUGCAGCAGAAACAUCUGUGCAGUUUCUCCAUGUUUUGUUCUGUUGUUUUUUUAGAGGUUUUUUUUGCAGCUGCAACAGUGUUAACGGAUCCACAGUCGGAGAUUUGUUCGUAUCAUUGUUCAUAUCCAGUUACCGUGAAGGAUCUCCAUGUCUGACAGAUGUGUUUGAAUGUGUUUUGAAUGUUCUCAGCCAAACCCUUACUCGCCCUCCGUCAGGGUAACCAAUCAUUUCCAACCUGUGCUCGUUGGCUGGAUGGCAGUCCUGUAAAUAUCAGAGACAAUUGGAUCAUUUCUGCAGUGCAGUUCACAUCAGUUGCCCUAAAAUACUAUGAAAGCCUGUGUUUUUUUUGUAUUGUUUUGUUUGUUUGUUUUUUCUUUUUUUUUUCUUUUUCUUUCUGUGAAGUUAAAUUCUUUUUAAUAAAAUAAAAUCUGUAACCGAUUUCUGCAC